UACAUGCUUUGAAUUAUUUUAGGAGAUCUAUCAGUGGUGUGGCUCUUCAUGCAACAAAUAUGAGCGCCUGAAGGCCACUCAAGUUGCUGUUGGCAUUCGGGACAAUGAACGAAAUGGGAGGUCCAGAUUAAUUACGGUGGAAGAAGGAAGUGAACCGGACGAACUCAUAACGGUCUUAGGGGAAAAGCCAGAGCUUCCUGAAUGUAGUGAUGAUGACGAUGAGAUGGCUGAUAUUGCAAAUCGGAGGAGCGCUAAACUCUAUAUGGUGUCAGAUGCAAGUGGAUCCAUGAAGUUGUCAGUGGUAGCAGAGGAAAACCCCUUCUCCAUGGCUAUGCUUUUGUCAGAGGAGUGCUUCAUCCUGGACAAUGGUGCUGCAAGGAAGAUCUUUGUGUGGAAAGGCAAAGAUGCUAACCCACAGGAAAGAAAGGCUGCCAUGAAGAAUGCUGAAGCAUUUAUACAGCAGAUGAAUUAUCCUGCCAACACACAGGUGCAAUCUAUUUAUGAGACGAUACCAAGAGAUAAUGAACUCUGUUAAAGGCUUUGUUUUUAAAUCAGCA